UCACGUCACCAGCUGACAGAAGCCGCGGGGGGGAGGCGUCACGUGACCAGGCCGCCGCUGUGCGCGGGCGCGCGGGCACGCAGCGACGGUCCAGUAGGUCUCCCCCUCAACCCCAAAGUAGUAGUAAAAAGCACACACAAAACCAAACAUUUUAAAUCAUUAUGUGAUUUUAAGAAUAAAUUUAGCUUUCAGUGCCUCGGAAAAAAAUGCUAGUUGGAUCACAAGUGGAUUAGUUUUGUAUUUAAUUGGGCGGGUAAUUGAUCAAUUGGGCUCCAGUUACCAUUCAGGGCACAGAUGGUUGUGUCAUAUCCAAAUCAAAUGUACUUCCCCCCCUUUUGUUCCUUGAAAAUAAUUGUCUAAUUCUGUGCUACAUUAGAAAAAGCAGACUCUUAUGUAUCAUUACAUAUUACAUAAUGGGGUUCCUAUUAUUUGGUUCGUCUUGACUUUGCAGUGCAGAAGCACCGGAGCCCAAUUCUUCUUUUGUACACUAGAUGGAAGUAUCUGCUGUACCAGGCAAUGUAGCAAGCUGUGUUUAUUUCCCACGCUUUUGUCAAAGACAAAUUAACCCACAAAAACCUUCUGACAUGCCGUAGCCACAUAUCAACCCUAAUUGCACCUGACUCGAGUUUUAAAGGUCAAUCAUCUCGGAUAUUUUUGGCUCUAUUCUAUGAAGAAUUGUAGCUUCAGACAAUUUUGUGGUUUUGAAGGUCAGUUGUGUGAGUGUGUGGCUUUUAAGCCCUUUUUACUUUGACCAAUUAUGUACGGUGGUGAAAGUGCAUCUGGCAGAGAGGAUGAUGGGACGUCUUACUUUAAUAGAAGUACAGUAAGUGUCAGCGAUGAAUUCAAAGACGAGUGAGCAGCUGUAUGAGAAGAGAGAUGCCUUUUUAAGGGGCUUUGUUGACCAGGAACCUCAAUCAUUGACUAGGUGAUACCCAGAAGAGCUGCAGGGCUUGAUCAAAACAGGACAUACACCACCCGAAGGGAUUGGACUUAAAUGCCAAAGCAACUAAAUCUGCCCAUAUGUGUUUAAAACACAUCAUGGGACAACUAACAGAGCUUGAAACAGGCCAACACAGUGGUUCCUAAUUUGGAGAUUCACCCUCAGAACAAAUUCAGAGUAGCACGUCUAAAUUAUGCCAACCACAAACAGACCAACAAAAGGAAAUGUAUGUUGGCUGUUUGCAAAUGUAAUCUAGUUAUAUUCAAUGUCUAAGUAAUUUGACAUAAUUCAUUGAAUGAAGAUGAUUUAUUCAUGAAAUGUUUUCACAAUUUGAUCAUCAGGCCCCACAUUCACAGCGAAGAAAUGUAGAGUUAAUGGUUUUGCUGCGAGCAAUCAUUGACACAAACAGGACAUAUUUGUCCUUGGCCUAUUAUCUAUUAGUCUUGGCUAUUAAGGAGACCACGUGCUUGAACUCAGCUCUCGCCCAUCUACACACACAUCAUGUUUAAUGCAUGAUGCUGGAGGUGAAAAUAAAGACUAAAACAAAAGGACAAACAUGUCUUAUCCAAUUAGGUCCAGGCUCUACUCGCAGCUAUACGGCUGUUGAUUGAAAGGAGUACCUGCUUAAGUCAAUGGAGAAAUGCAUUAUGGGUUGAAGGCGGUGUUUCAACUAAUUAGCUGAUAGUCAUUCACCUCAUACUCCAGGGAUGUUUGUUUUAGUUUUUUCUUCUGCACACACAUGAGCACACUGCAUGUGUAUAUAAAGAAAGACUGUGUGUAUAUGUGCAUGAUAUAAAAUGGCCUGAACAUAUACAUACAUGAGCAAACAUAUCUGAUGUUCGCAUGUGUCAUAUACUUCAAUAUAGUUUCCAGAAGUGAUACUGAUUCCGAGUAACCACAAUUAAAUCUUCUCCGUGGCAAUCGUCUCCCUUUGUGCUUCAGAACAUCAGCCCGUACGCGUAUUUCUUUGCAUACAUCCGUCAGCACGUAAUAGUUCUUACAUAUAUAAUUACAAUGUGUGGGAAGUUGUUGAAACACGGCUGCGGACAUUAAUCUAAGCAUAUUCAUCAAAUCAGGUCUGGUGAGGGAAAGAAGCGCACUGGGCUAGUUCCUGCUAAUUAGCACGGCAAUUACUGUAAGCUGUCACAGUUCUUAAGCAACGGGGUGGACUGUGUGUGCUCCAGAGCGUAAUCCCUCACAAAUUACAAGAUAAUGGAGGCAAAGAGAGGCCGCUGCUUCAAAAGGAACCAGGAGAUAGAAUCCCUCGCGGGGACAUUUUAGGGACAGCGAGGGAGACAGCGAGCGAGGGAAAGGUAUGAGGGGAAAGAAGCACAGCGAUGGUUUUCUUCACAUGGAGGCUCAUUUCACUGCAUUAUGUGAUUUGCUUCAGAGAAAUCAAUUUGUCCUUCCUUUGUCACAUUGAUGCUUUUUUUUUUUUUUUGGCGCAGUUGUAAAACGUAUGUUGAAGUUAAGGGCCAUUAAAACCCCUGCUGGUUCCACUGAACUUCCUGUUGUACGGCAGGAGAAGAUCAAUACUUCGCUCGUCUUGCGUCGGACAGUACGCAGAGCGCUUACCUGCCGUGCAAAAUGCACUAUUAAAAGCUUACUCUAAGCAAGCGAUGCUAAUGCUUUCCUGGCUGUAGGAGCUCUUUCAGCCGAAUUGAAUGUGGCAUUCGCACAGUCUGGACUCCUUCGCGCUCCUUUGAUACAGAAACUCUCACUUCAAUACGUCUCAUCACCAGACACAGCGGCUUUUCUCCAAAAUGCUCUCCAAAGCGUUCUCUCCUCCUUAAAUUAACCCAGGUGGAUCAUCAGGUUAAGCGACUAUUCUCACAAGGUUCUAGUCAAUAGCGUUGAUAAUAGGUAUUUAUAUUCACUUUAAAGUCAUUGCUGUGUUAGUGCCUUUAAAAUGAAAGAUAGAUGAGACACGUUUUUUGAAUAGAUUAUAACUUUCAUUUGGCUCUCCAUCUUCAUCAAGCAAAUUUAUGUAAAUAACCUCAUUUCAAAGCAUUCUGAAUGCUUGUUUUGUUAUUUUACAUUUACGCUACAAGAAGCGAAACGUAUCGAUACGCCACAAGUGCUGUGUGCAUCAAGGCGUGAGUAAGCAUUUAAAAGGAAUAUUAAACGAUAUAUGCAAUUAUGAGUUACAUAGUUAUUAUUAUUGCCAUUCCGUCAUACAAACUAUUUCUGUAAUCCUGAAAACACUGCAUUCUAGUAAUAACAUGAAUAAUGAAAUAAUGCUUAGAGCCAUAUUUACUGCACAAGAUGAUCACAAUGAUAACUUGCCUUUUUUUAAUAUGAGGGUGUGGCCCAAGUGAUUCAUGGAGCGCUUAGCGCUUUUGAAAACGAAAUGAAAAAUUCAACAACUGAGAAUGUUGUCACCAUGAGGCACACCCACAGCAUCGCAAUGAGCUUCGGUGGGUCUGCAGGGUAAAUGCCAGCACCCUUCAUCUCGGGAGCGGCGCUGCCAAACAGAGUGUGGGGCUGUGAAGCCGUCCAACCACCCGGCCACAUGUCUCAUUAGUGAUCAGCGCUGUGACAACCAGGCAUGUUUCUGUAAUGUUCAAACAGUAAUAAUACCCAGCAUAUUGAUACUGGGUUGUAUUUGUGUUCCCUCUUCCUUCAACAUCACUCUGUUAAUAAUAUACAUAUAAAUACAUCACUAAAUUUUGACGAAAACCUUGGGGGCAAAAAUAUCAAAACAGCAAAAAAAGUUUUUAUCCAAUAAAGCGAAGUUCUGAAGAAAGCAGGCUUAUUUGUAUGUUUUUAACACACAUUUCUAUUAUAGUCAGCACAUGGUCUGCUCUAUCCAAGCACAUUUAUCCAUUUCUAAACCUUAAAAUCUAAUUGCGUCACUAUGCAAGACAUAGAUAUAACAUAAUAUGUAGCAAUUAUUGGUAUUUAUAGUAAAAGACAGUAUCCAGCUGCAGAGCCCCCACUGAGGUCAAAUGGUACAAGACGCGGUCUGUACAUCUCAUAAUUUAAUUUAAACUGUGAUUACUGUGGAUUACAGGCCCACUGUUAGAGUACCAUAGCAUCAAUACUCCCGCCCAGCAUCCAAACACAAACACUUGAGUACUAGAGUAAUGAAGAGCCCCAGCAGGGCAUAGUAUAAUCAGCAACACUAGAGCCUCUGUGUACCCUCUGUGACACUGCUUUGUUUCUGAGUGCCCUCCAUUUUCAGAUGAGUCGCCGCACUUGUAUUUCAAAACCCAACAACAGUGCACCUGCCAAAUUCAUUGCUUCCCUGACACACUGUCAUUGCAUUCUGUUUAAUAUGUAUGCAGUAGUUUACCAUAUCCUACCACGACCACGUAUAAUUUUGCUGAAAUAAAUACACCGUGGUCUAUGUUGAUACUGCUCCCAAUGUGUCGGUGUAUCACUCACCGGGGCAUCAAGAACACCUAAAGCAUGACCUUUGCAGUAGUACUGUAAUAUUAAUGUUGCAUUUAGACACCAGCGUGAUCUUUAUAUUAUGAGAUUUAUUAUUUAUAAUUCAUCUGGAAGAUAAUAGUUUGCUAAUAUGGUAGAAGGAAAUUAAAAAUAUUCAUGCAUGUGUUUUAACUUUUUUAUUUGGUACCCUAUUGGCUAAUGGCAGGGGAAAAAAAAUCUAUAAUAAAAAUCUUCAGUCUCCAGAGCACAUCAGCAAUGGUACAGCCCUGGUCUAUAAACAGCGUUAUGUGAAUGCGUUUCCAUGACGACGCGGCACCACCUUCCACGACGCCUCUGUUCCUUUGUUGCUUAUUUGAAUGACUUUGUCAGUAAUGGAUUUUUCACCACCACUAGCCUUUUUUAUAGGUAGACAGAAACUUGAAUAGCAAAUCAACAAGUCUGAUUAUAAGGGGAAAACCAAUGGAUAUGAGUAUUGUAAUUCAAGGAUUUUAGAUAAUUUUUUUCGUCAGUUAUUCUUUAUAGUGCAGCAGUUAAUUAUACUCUAUAUAACUUCGUACAGUAAGUUUGCAUAGAACAUUUGAAACAACUUCCAACAGCCUUUCAACAACUAUUACCAAAUGUAAAACAAAUACUUCAUUUCAGACAUUUCAUCAGCCAUCAUGAGGUGUGAAUCACACAAACACUGUAUGAUUAUUCUCCUGAUGAUUAAGAAUUUGAUUUUUUUUUUUUUUUUUUAACCGAGCAUAAAGAUAGCUAACCACCUACUUAAGAGGAUCUGCCAAAGCAUGGACACAUUUCUAAAGACCCGAUUUCAUUUCGAUUGAGCUUAUUGUGAACAACACUGAGGCGUCUGAAUGCUUCGCCUGCACAGGUUCCUGCAUGGCCUCUGUGACGUGACUGAGAGACGGUGGUGGCUCCAUUUGUGGGAAAAUAUCAGUAAUUCAAGCUGGGCUCCUUCAGUCACUUCUACUGUUCUGUAGUGUUUCUCAUUUCUUUUCGGACCACAGCUGUGGAACUGUCAGGAUAGCAUCCAAAUGCAAAUACAGCCCACAGCUUUCUGCACUGUGUGGAAGGUUGUGCACCCGAAAGGUGUCACAGGAACUGCAGGUUAUUGAGGAGCUACUGGCAAGGAUGCUUAAUAUUUAACGACGAGCUGUUGUCUGUCAGGCUGUUGCUUGGGGAAGGAGGGGGAAAACAAUGUAUACGAGAUUCUUUUUUUUAAGGGAAAAUGUCUCAAGCUGAAAAUGUAACACUGUCGUUGAAUGUUCAAGUGUGAAUUUCGGUGAAACAAAAGCCCUCAACAACAGACGGGCAUCAAUAUGACAAUAAAGACCAAAUUAACAACACAAACUAAUAGCCACGUUUCCUUGUUUAUUUGUACAGUAGCUAUGAGGCAAUGUCCAGUGUGUGAUAUGGGGAAGGUCACCACAGUUUGCCUGUGCCAUGUUUUUCGUUGUCCACGUCCUGUCUCACAUCCUCUGCACACCCGCAGCGUGGUCAUUUGAGGGAACAAGCAAUUACGACGCGAGUCAAACGCAGGUUUUCUAUGAAUCAUGUGGCGCUAAACGUGUUUACUCCGCUGAUUGACACCAGGAAAUAUAUGGACCUAUGGUCAAACUCUCAGUUAAUGCAAUAUAAGUAUGGAUUUCAAGAAUCCUCAGCUAAAAAUAACACUCAGAAAAUUACCAUUUGAUAAAAGAGCCAAACUUUUGGGUUGCGUCUCUAAACCCCGUCGUGCCACUUCAUCACGCGCGCACGGAUCGCGAGGCUACUUUAAAGAUGAAAACACUGCGUGUCGGCUCGGAGAGGUGACUCCUCUGCCGCGAGGCGUCAUCGCCGGCCAAUGCGUAAUUGUGCCGGCGGCGUUUUGGGGAAGGCGCCGUGCGCUCUCUCGUGGAUUCUCCUGCGCACUGUGCGCGGCGGGCAGCUGGGCAGCGGACUUUGUGCAGCAUGCAUGUGGGUGUCGAACGCAGACUCCCUCCGCCUGUCACCUGUUGCCGGCUUACUGCUUCCCUCUGUGUUGGUCUGAGGACAUAACGGGGGGAGCGAUCGUCCGUCGUCACAUCGGGACCAUGUCGGAGGAGCAAAGUGAUUCCAACUCCAGUCGCUACUAUUUUAACAACACCUCAACUAGAGUCCAGAUCAGCUUCGUGUUUUCGGGACCCGUUUCUGUCCUUUUGAUGGUGAUGAUGGUGACUAUGGUCGUUGUCAUAGUGUUGGGCAAUGCACUGGUCAUCUUGGCCUUUAAAGUCGACAAGAGUUUGAGGAGACAAUGUAAUUACUACUUCCUGAAUUUGGCAAUAUCCGAUUUCCUUGUAGGGGCGUUCUGCAUUCCGGUGUACAUGCCUUACAUCCUCACCGGCAGGUGGACGCUGGGCCGAGGACUCUGCAAGCUGUGGCUGGUCAUGGACUACCUACUGUGUUCGGCAUCUGCCUUCAACAUCGUCCUCAUCAGCUACGACCGCUUCCUGUCAGUCACCAGAGCAAUAAGUUACCGUGCCAGACAGGGCAUGACCCAUCAAGCGGUGGUCAAGAUGAUUGCUGUCUGGGUGCUGGCCUUCGUCCUGUAUGGACCAGCUAUCAUAUUCUGGGAGCUGGUUGUGGGCAGAAGACGUGUACCAAAAGACCAGUGCUUUGCAGAGUUUUAUUACUCUUGGUACUUCCUGCUGAGUGCCUCCACGCUGGAGUUCUUCUCCCCUUUCAUCUCCGUGGCUUUCUUCAACCUCAGCAUUUACCUCAGCAUACGCAGGAGGAGGCUGCACAGCAGGGAGGCCCAGCGGCACCUUCAAUCCAGCGAACCCGCCUCGGCCCAGGGGAAAGGUGUCCCCUCGUCCCACAACUGUGGGUUUGGGAUGAAACUGGCUGUAAAGGGCUCCCUCAUCUCCCAGACCUCCUCUCCCAGUUUGUGCAAACGAGACCCCUCGACCAGCAGGGCUGCCCAGCCUAGCCGGCUGUCCAGGGAUAAGAAAAUUGCAAAGUCCCUGGCCAUCAUAGUUUGUGUGUUUGCCAUCUGCUGGGCACCGUACACGCUUUUGAUGAUCAUCCGUGCUGCCUGCAGAGGGCGGUGCAUCCAGCAUCACUGGUACGAGGUCACCUUCUGGCUCCUGUGGCUUAACUCUGCCAUUAACCCGUUCCUGUACCCACUGUGCCACAGUAGCUUCCGCAGGGCCUUUAGCAAGAUUCUCUGCCCAAGGCGGCAUACUGCUCCCCUCUCAUCCGUCCUUCGCUCAGGCCACUGACAAGCAGAAAGCAGAGACCGAUGGACAAUGUGCCGAAACUGAUCGUGGAAAUCCUCCUCAUUAAUGACUAUGGCUAAACCGUGCAUUGCACUUAUCACAAAGGACAAUAAAUCGUUUCUCGAAGCUUUGCCGCGUUUCAUCGUAUACGGUUACACCUUUGCUGAGGUCAAAUCUAACGCUUGAACCAUCAUGGGCAUAAAAAUGAUUUUUCCUGUCAAGAAAAUCAAUAAAUCCAUCAACUAUGUUGUCUAGUCUGAUGUGUUAUGCAGUUUGCAUCUUGAAUAUAAAUAUCUGUAUAUUAUAUUGAGGGUUUAUGUUGUGUUGUAUGUGGCGCAGUGACGUCCCGUGAAACAGAUCGCUAUCACUAUCUGCUAGCAGGUUCACCACCGAUCAUCAUUCACAGAAACACGGAGAUAAAACCAGUGACAUGAAGCACACGUGUUUAUGACCAGAAAUGUGUUCUGUUUUUGCGCACGUUGUUUUACAGAAGAGCCACACACGGGGUUCAUUGUCUGCAUUUAUCAUCUUGUGUAAAAGAAACAUGUCUUCUUUGCUAAAACUUCAUGUAAGUUGGAGAGUGAAUCUGUUUUCAAACAAAUCACUUUACUGUGAUCAGCAAAUGCAUGAAUACUUGUGCUCCACUAGAUGUCACCAUUAACCUUCACAGCUUCCUGUGGCCGCGGUUCCUCAGCUGAAAGCAUCCAUUCAUCAGGGUUUCCAUGAACUGCUUUGCUUGUUUUGGUAUUUGUUAUAUAUGUCUUAUAUUUUAGCAUUAGAGGAUUAGGAUUAGAAGAAUAGACUGCUCUACUUUACAGUAUAUCUAUGCUUUCACUGUUAAAUGGUGUCCCUUGUACGACAGGUACUCUGCUUUACAAAAUGUUCUGUAUACUCCUGCAACUGCUUUUGCCGCAUAUAUUUUUUGUAAUUUUGUGUUUACCUUGAAUAUUCGUGGUAGCGGCAUAAAUGUUGUUCUCUUGGCUCAGAGUAAAGUUCAAUCUUUGGUGCUUGAGUAAAGUAAAUCCCAAAUAAACACAUCUCUGUCAUUGACCGAGGGUCUUUAUGCAUAUUACUAAGCAAAUUAAUUAAGGUCUGUGAUGCAUUUGUAAAUGUAGAUGCUGCCCACCUGAUGCUAAUUGGGUCAGUGCCAAGUGCCGAGUGGCUUUUGUUUGAUGUGCAGAUGAAAUGCUGAGAUUGCAACACCAUCUUUGUAUUGUUCCCUAGUCUCGCUAUAUGAUUUGAUGUAUUAAAUGGGUUCUUUCCCGAUGCACA